AUGGAACAGCCACAGUCAAGGCUGCAAAAGAAGAGAGAGCGGAAAAGAGCGGAGGCACAACGUUUGCAAGAGGAACAACGGCAUGAUCGAGAAAUGAAAGCAGACAAAGCGAGUGAAGCCUUUUGGAAAGCUUUUGAAGACGAGGAGAAACGACGAAAUUUGCGAGCAAUCGUUCUGCCAAAACUUUUCAGACCAAUCGACACCCGACAACAAAUUUCUGCCGAACAGUUGGACACAUCGAUUCGAAUAGGAGGAUUUAUAAAGAAAAAUGAA